GUGGACUUUAAACAAGGAAUGCGGAUCUGUAGGUUUAUCCUAAUGAUUUAUAUAGCUAAAAUGUGUAACAGCGCGUAUGUAGAUUUGAUCGGCCCUGCCUUAAAGCAUCUUUAUCCACUGAGGGAAAAAAAGAUGCCGUUGUGAAACUUUUCAGUGCUGACGGGAGAAAGGGAGAGAAUUGACGCGAUGGGUGAGGACGAUAAAACGGAGUGAAGAACUUUUCAUGAGGCCCUUCGUCGUCAAGGAGGACCAGCAUGAUUACAUAGAUACCAUCUUUAUUGGUUUAAGGAGAAAGAGACAAAAGUUUUGGCCGAAGUAUGGCGCGAGAGACCGGAGAGUCUGGAGAAGCGAAAAGUACCAAAGUGAAAAAGCACAAAAGAAGGAAAAGCAAAAAGGAGAGCAAAACAAGGAUUGUGCACGCCAACAUUUUAUAUGACCAAACCAAAGGAGGGGAUAACCCCAACAAACACUAUGCAAACAAUAAGAUCAAAACCACGAAAUACACUCUGCUUUCUUUCCUUCCGAAGAACCUCUUCGAGCAAUUCCACCGAUUUGCCAACGUGUAUUUUGUUUUCAUAGCCUUACUGAAUUUCGUGCCUGUGGUCAAUGCCUUUCAACCAGAGUUGGCUCUUGCCCCUGUGGUUUUUAUUUUGUCCGUUACCGCUAUAAAGGAUUUAUGGGAGGAUUACAGACGACACCGCUCGGAUAAAGAAAUCAAUCAUAUGGACUGUCUCGUUUACAGCAGGAGUGAGAAACAGUACGUGGAGAAAUACUGGAAAGAGGUGCGGGUUGGAGACUUCAUUCGUCUGCGCUGCAAUGAGCUUUUGCCAGCGGAUGUUUUGUUGCUCAGCAGCAGCGACCCGGACCGCCUGUGUCACAUUGAGACAGCCACACUGGAUGGCGAAACCAACCUCAAGCAGAGGCAGGUGGUGCGCAGCUUUAUCGACCUGGAUUGUGAGUUUGACCCAUUCAAAUACAACAGUGUUAUUGAAUGCGAGAAGCCCAACAAUGACCUCAAUAGAUUUCGCGGAUACAUAAUUCAUCGCAGUGGAAGGAGAGACGGCCUGUACAAAGACAAUCUGCUGCUCAGGGGCUGCACCAUCCGCAACACAGAGGAGGCUGUAGGAAUCGUCAUCUAUGCAGGUCAUGAGACAAAAGCAAUGCUGAACAACAAUGGCCCUCGUUAUAAACGCAGCAAACUGGAGCGGCAGAUGAAUGUAGACGUGUUCUGGUGUGUCAUUAUCCUCCUGGUCAUGUGCCUCUUUUCUGCCAUUGGACAUGGCCUGUGGAUGUUUCAGUAUGGAGAUAAGAGGCCUGUCUUUGACGUCCUGAGCCCAGAAGGAACAGACUUAUCUCCAGUGGUCUCAGCCAUUUAUCUCUUCCUGACCAUGAUUAUUGUAUUCCAGGUGCUGAUCCCAAUUUCGCUCUUUGUUUCCAUUGAAAUAGUGAAGAUAUGCCAGGUGUACUUCAUCCAUCAGGACAUGGAGCUGUACGAUGAGGAAACAGACUCUCACCUCCAGUGCAGGGCUCUGAACAUCACAGAAGACCUGGGCCAGAUGCAAUACAUUUUCUCUGAUAAGACCGGCACACUCACAGAAAACAAGAUGGUGUUUCGCCGUUGUACUGUGGCAGGAGUCGAGUACUCACAUGAUGCCAAUGCAAGGAGGCUUGCAAUGUACCAGGAAAUGGAGUCAGAGGAGGAGGACUGUACAUCUCAUGGUGGAACUCUCCCUCGGCGGGACAGCGUCACCAGUCACCAGAGUGGAAAAGUGGUGUUGAGGUCACAGAGCACCAAAUCUCACCGUCGCACCGGGAGCAGAGCCGAAGCCAAACGGGCCAGCAUUCUGUCCAAACACACUGCCUUCAGCAGUCCCAUGGAAAAGGACAUUACUCCAGAUCCCCAGCUCAUGGAUAAAGUCAAUGAGUGUAGUAGUCAGAUGGAGUUCAUGCGUUUUCACAGUCAGCCCCUGAACCAGAUUCCCCCUGACCUGUGUGACAUCUUUGACUUUUUCAUCGCCCUCACUAUCUGCAACACUGUGGUUGUUUCAUCACCCAACCAACCCCGACAGAAGGUGCGUCGCUACGAGUUGAAGUCUCCAGUGAAGACCAUAGAGGAUUUCAUCAAGCGCUUCACUCCGAGCCGUCUGACCUCUGGCUCCAACAGCAGCAGCUCCUCCAGUCUGGCCACCAACCGCUCGUCCUCCCAUAAAUUGGGCUGCAGCAUGCUGUCCUCCCCCUCGGCAGAGAACACGCUUACCAAGCUGAACGAGGAGAAGCGUCCAGAGCAUGACCUUCAGCAUGCAUUCAGCCCCGUCCCACCCAACUUUGAAAAAACUAAAGCUUUGGCUCAAGAUGAAUGUGAGCUCAGAUAUGAGGCAGAGUCACCGGAUGAGGCAGCACUGGUUUAUGCAGCCCGGGCCUAUAAGUGUGCUCUUGUCGGUCGUUUACCAGAUCAGGUGACCGUGGAGCUUCCACACUUGGGCAAGCUGAGUUUCGAGCUUCUGCACACACUGGGCUUUGAUUCCACAAGAAAGAGGAUGUCGGUGGUGGUAAAACACCCGCUAACAGAGCAAAUCACAGUCUACUCCAAGGGUGCUGAUUCAGUCAUCAUGGAUUUGAUCAGACCAACCACAGAUGAUGGCAAAGGAAAGCGACAAAGGAAAAUCUUGUAUAAAACUCAAAACUACUUAAAUCUUUAUGCUGCAGAUGGUCUCCGAACACUCUGUAUCGCCAAAAAGGUUCUCAGUAAGGAGGAGUAUGCAAGUUGGCUACAACAUCACCUGGAAGCAGAGACAGCCAUACAGAGGAGGGAGGAGCUGCUAUUUGAGUCUGCAUUACGACUAGAGACCAAUCUCCAACUUCUGGGAGCAACAGGUAUUGAGGAUAGACUUCAGGAUGGGGUUCCCGAGACCAUUGCCUCUCUGAGAAAAGCGGGCCUUCAGAUCUGGGUGCUGACUGGAGAUAAACAAGAGACUGCCAUCAACAUUGCCUAUGCCUGCAAACUGCUGGACCCAGAGGAGGAGAUAAUCACUCUUAAUGCUGACUCACAGGAGGCCUGUGCUGCCUUGCUCGAGAACAGUCUGCACUACAUCCAGGCCAAGUUCCUUUGCAACCCUCGACCAGAUCCUCAAGCAGCUAGAGACUAUACUGCCAUUCACUUCUCUUCUCCGGUGUGUUCCCCGGCCUCCUCUGGCCACUCCAGCCCCUUCCUGGUGCAGCGGCUAGGGCUGGUGAUCGACGGCCGGACCUUGGCCUACGCACUGGACAAGAGUUUGGAGGACAAGUUCCUUGCUGUGGCUCGAAGUUGCAGGUCCGUUCUAUGCUGUCGCUCGACGCCCCUGCAGAAGAGCAUGGUGGUCAAGUUAGUGCGGAACAAGCUCAAGGUCAUGACAUUGGCAAUAGGUGACGGAGCUAAUGAUGUUAGUAUGAUCCAAGUGGCUGACGUAGGGGUGGGAAUCUCCGGACAGGAGGGCAUGCAGGCUGUAAUGGCCAGUGACUUUGCCCUGCCACGAUUUCGAUACCUGCAGAAGCUACUCUUGGUUCACGGCCAUUGGUGUUACUCCCGUCUCGCCAACAUGAUCCUCUACUUCUUCUACAAAAAUGCUAUGUUUGUUGCCCUCGUCUUCUGGUAUCAGUUCUACUGUGGGUUCUCCGGGUCAGCCAUGGUUGAUCAGUGGUACCUGAUCUUCUUCAACAUGAUGUUCUCCGCAUUCCCUCAGCUCAUCACCGGCACCCUGGACAAAGACGUGUCAGCAGAAACUCUGCAGGAGUUGCCGCAGCUCUACAUGAAUGGGCAAAACUCAGAGGAAUAUAAACCCUACAUGUUCUGGAUGAACAUGAUUGAUGCCUUCUACCAAAGCCUCAUCUGUUUCUUCAUCCCUUACUUUGCUUACGUUGACUCUGAUGUGGAUUUGUUUACAUGGGGAACUCCCAUCACCACCUUGGCACUCUUCACCAUUUUGCUACAUUUGGGCAUCGAAACGAAAACAUGGACAUGGAUGAACUGGGUGUCGAUUGGCUUCAGUAUAGCUCUCUUCUUUACUGUGGCGCUGUGCUACAAUGCUUCCUGCCCAACCUGUUUCUCUCCAUCCAACACUUAUUGGACCAUGCAGAGGCUGCUGGGAGAUCCUAUAUUUUACCUGCUGUGUGUUGUCACACCUAUUGCUGCUCUUCUUCCCAGAUACUUUUAUAGAGCUUGUCAGGGAACUCUAUUUCCAAGCCCGGUCCACGUGGGAAGACAACUGGACAAACUGCCAGUGGACAUGCGCAGGAUCUUCCUGAGUCAGAGCCAGAUGAAGCUGGGCUCCAUCGGGUCACUGUUUGCCCCCCGUACCCCAUUAUUCCCUCUCUGCAGGCCUUUCCAGAAAGACUACAGGCCCAGAGUAAAACAAACCCACACGAGUGGCACCAAACAGAAAGAGAAAGCUAUAGCCAACCCCAUCCCAUCAAAGAGCAUGGAGAUGCGGGACACACCUUUAAGCUCGAAAAACUCUGACAACCAUAUCACACUCAACUUCAGAAUGCAGGAAGAAGUUCAGUCCUCCAGACAGGGCUCAGACAGCCCCCUAUCUGUGAACUUACACUGCAUGAAGGAACCUUUGAGUCCCAUUACAGGCACUCUGCCGUACACCAAAGACACUCCUAGCUCCAGGACUAUUUUGGAUAGCACAGGCUUAGAAGCCCCGCUGAGUCCAACAGACUCAGGUCAGGUCGAGUUGCUCACCUCCACUCCAUUACUUCCUCAGACCGAGACUAUGCAGCCCAUGUCGCCUCACGAAAGUUGUUUCUUGGGACAAAAGAGGGAUGACGAGGACCAUUCUAACCAAAAGUCCCUACUGAAACAGGCCGGGGAUGUGGAUCACACCCAGUCUACUAGCUGCCUACAGAAACAUUCACUCAAAACAACAUUUCUAUGAUGCUUUCUCCCUGAUUCAAAUUUGCACGUUAGCUUUAAGAAAUAUUAUAUAUUCAUGAUUAUUUUAUGAAGAUAUAGGUUGGUACUACACGUAUAUGUAUUAUAUAUUUUUUAGAUGUAUGAAGUUUAGAAUAUUUUUUGUUUUUUUGUUUUGUAUUUUAGAAAGAGUGGCCAGCAUAUGCAAACUGGAUGGUCUUAUGAUUUACUUUGACUUUAAAAAAAAUUUUUUUAAUCCAUCUCAAAAGUGGAGGAGGUUUGUUUCUCGAAGGCAGCAGCAGUCCAGAGACAUUCCUUUAUCUGUUUAUUUGAACCUGGAUGUUCUGGUGCACUUUGAAGAACCUUCCUCUCCUACAUUUAGAUACUGCAGAUAGCACUACAUUUGUAUUUCCCCAUCCCAGUACUAAAAAAAUCAUGGUACCCUUCAAUGUCAGUAGGUACAGAAAUUUCAGUAACACUUUACGAAAAGUGUACAAGAGAAGUCCUGAUCUAAUACUUUUUGAAUAAAGGCAUGAACUAAUCAAGAACUAAUAGUGUGUGACAGGAGUCGUAACAGCCUUAACAUCAUGUUAGUAGAUAUUUGGUGUACUUGUAGUUAAUAUAUUAACACUAAAUCAAAUAAUUUCUAUUACAAAGAAUGUGGAGUGGCAAACCCUACUCUGACUUUAAUUAAACAUGCAUGAAUAACCUUUGCUUCACAUUCACAUCUGAUUUUUUUGUCGAGAACAUGAUUGGAUAAUCAUUAAAAUGAUUAAUCCCAUUUAAAAUCUAAUUAGGUUUUAUUUGAUUUGAUACUUUAAAUAAUUUUUCAUACAGCCAAUCUAAUGCAUUAACUAUCGAUCUUAUUCAAACAUGUUGUUAAAGUAUGCAUUAUUCACAGGACUUCCUCUGAUUCCAGUCAUGCUAGCGCUUAAUUAGUUCUUGAUUAGCCUGUGAGCUCAUUCACCAUUAGUUCAACUAUUUGUUCAAUUAUUAAAACAUGAUUUAUGUAUCUUAUUUGUAAAGUGCUAGGGAAAUUCCUUAAAUGUGCCUUUUAAGUGUUGUUCGAUCCCCUGGCGCCUUUAAUCAGUGCUAAGCAAGAGAUGCACUAAUUGUUGAUUUUAAGUUUUUGCUGUUCGAAGGCUUAUGCAUAACUCUUGCAUUCCAUUAUUGAAGCUCUUAGAUAUCAUCCCAACUUUAAGAUGUCUCACACAAACAUCAUUAUGGAUUAAAUAGUCGAACAUUAUCGUGAGAAAUAGGGCUUUCUUGCUUUUCAUGCAUAUACAGCUGGUGCGGGUUCCAGCUCAAGUAUAUGCUUGUCUCUUUCUUCAUUUUCUGCUGCUGCCUUUGUUUCUACACGCAUUCCUGCAGGAUAGGAUUUCACUAUUCAUUCAGUCAUUGUGCAGAGGGCUUUAGGAAAUAGAGGCCGAUGCAUGAAGCUACUUGGUGUUUGUUUUGGACGUGGUCUUAGAAGAUUUGAUUCAGUACAUGUGCAAACAGAAAAAUAUGCUGAUAUGCCACUCUACUCCAUUUUCUUUAGGAGUUUUUAUGGCCUGAUCUGUUGUGAUAUAAGCUUCUUCUGUUACUUGCUAUGAUUGUAUUUUUCUGCUGUCUAUUCUAUAAAUGAUCGUUGACCAAAGAUGCAAGAAGCACAUGACCGCUGGAGCAUUUGUACUGUAACCGCUAGCUCGAGCUGAUCGUUUUAUCAAUAGUCACUUUUUUUUUCACUUUUUAGCAAUUCUAUCGGCGCAGGGCAGCUACUCUUUUAUUAAAGGGGUAUUUCAGGCAUAAUGUUUUUUUUUUUCCUUUUUUUUUUCACCGUACACUCACCCAUGUCAUUCCAAACUUUCUUCUGUUGAAUGCAAAUAAGAUAUUUUGCAAUAUGCAAUGAAAGUCAACGAGGUUCAAUACAGUUUGCACUUUCACUGCAUGGAGAAGGGUGAGAACACAAUGACAGAAAUGUAGUUUUUGCCUGAACUCUCUCUUUAAGCAUCUUUUCGCCCUCACCGCUCAGACUAGUCCAUGACCUUGUGACUUCUCAUUGUUUUAAAGCUGGAAUAUGUGUAAUGAAUGGUUCAGACGAGCACAUGGGAGGUUAUCCGUUCAUUCCGCAAGAGAAUAUUGCACGCUUCCGCAAGUGUCAGGGGUGUGCCGUAUUAAAGAGUCCCCUGGAGAGAUGCUAAAUUUUUUUUUUUUUUUUUUUAUGAGAUGAUUUGUCAUGCUGUGCUCACAUAACCUCAAGGCCUCACCAAUCUGUUCGUUCAGGAUCUCAUUUUCGCCAUCAAAACCGCUGAUUUAUGAACAGCCUACCAGGAGGAUUAUGAGAUCUAUUGUGUUCAUUACACAACGAAUGGUGUGAACAGAAUGUGCUCAGUCCAAAAAAAAAAACCCAGGGGUGUUACAUUAGAAAUCUUCUCUCUUGUAGUUCCUUGGCACUCAUAAACACAAAAACUGGGUGUCUAUAGAGGGCGUCGAGUGAGAGACUGACCGUCUCAGUAUGUGUCUGGAUACUACAGUAAAACCUUAAAGAAGAUCAUUUGAAGCUCACUAGUAGCUACUUUGUCCCGUCAGUUGUUCUUCUGCACAGCUCAGGUUCAGCGCUUGCUGCUUUGACCAAUAUUCUGUCAUGUUUAUAGCAUCCGAAAUGAUUUAGUUUUAUUUUCAUAGUUUGAUAAUGCCGACGUUUGUAUGUGCUGAAGUGCUUUUAGUUACGCAAGAAAACGGUUUUAUACGAUGUGGAAUAUAUAUUAUGUGCCUUAACACUGGAGAAGACAUGUGUAGACCGCAGUACGUACAGUGAAUUUUAUAUACGUGCAGUAUAUGUAAAGUUAUUUGGAGUUAUAUUAAUAAAUGAGGUUUAAUAAAAAUCUGUUUGGUUUUUAACAAAUUGAAGAGAUUAUGCUGUAUUUUUUUUUUUUUUCCAUACUAUAUUUUUGUUGUUGUUAUUUUUUAGAUUGGAAUGUGCCAGUACUUGGUCUGUCAAGUUCUUGGCCGAGCAUCACAUGCUGUAAUAGGAUCCAUUCACAGCUGCUUUCCAGAGCCUUUUCUUAACUUCAGGCCAGAUCACCAGCAGGAAUGCUGUCCUUCAGAGUUUGUUAUAGCACACAUGUAAGCUCUGGACUUAUUGGUACUCAGCAUGACUUCUGUCACCGUCACUGCCAUGACUCUCGAGUUUCUGGCUCUUGUACUGUAAUUGGUGUUUGUUAUAGUCACACAAAGGUUGGGUUUGUCUCACUGUAGACUCACUACAUUGCCAGCCCUUUAUGAAAACACCUGUUUCAAGUAGUUCUCUGACAUUUUGGAGGGGUUUCUUAAAUUGUUCACUCGUUCUAUAUUUGUUUCUUGAAAAUACACAACUGUUUUAUGUCAUAAAACUGAAAUAAAUGGUGAGAAAAUG